AUGCUUACGAUUAAGGAUGAGCCGGUGGAGAAUCUGAGACCGCUUAAAGUGAGAGUGAUUGGAGCUGGCUAUUCUGGGAUAUAUCUGGGAAUCAGGAUACCGCAACGUCUGAGGAAUGUCGACCUUCAAAUCUAUGAGAAGAAUGAGGGGAUAGGAGGAACAUGGUGGGAGAAUAGAUACCCAGGUUGUGCAUGCGACAUUCCGUCGCACAGCUACCAAUACUCUUUCGACCCAAAUCCAAAUUGGUCGGCGUUCUACGCUCCAGCGAAGGAGAUCUGUGCCUAUCUUCACGGUAUUGCAGACAAAUACGGUGUCAUGAGACACGUGAAAUUGUCACACAAGAUCACAUCUUGCAAGUGGAACGAUUACACCAAGAAAUGGGAACUCACAGUAGAAAAUGUGAAAACGGGAGAAACCAUCAAUGAUGAUGCGGACGUCCUUCUCUCAGCGCGAGGCAACUUGAAUGACUUCGUUUGGCCAAAGAUACCAGGAUUCGAGACUUUCAAAGGGGAGGUGAUGCAUUCAGCAGCAUGGAACCAGCAAUACGACUUUAAGAAUAAAAGAGUAGGAGUAAUAGGAGGAGGUUCAAGCUCCAUCCAGAUUGUCCCAAAUUUGCAGAAGGUGGAAGGUAUCCAGCUUUCAUGUUUUGUAAGGAGCAGAACCUGGAUCUCAAACCCUUUUGGCGACAGCGCCAUGGAAAAACUAGGUUUAGAUCCAGCGAAACUCGACUUCUCACCCGAACAACGAGAAGAAUUCGCCAACAAUCCCCAAAGGUUCCUCGAAUUCCGCAAACUCAUCGAAGUAGACGGGAACACCAUCCACGGCGUAACAUUCAAAGACUCCGACAUGCAAACCGAAGCCGUCAAAUCCUUCCGCGCCAUGAUGAAGAAGCGCCUCGCCAAGAAACCCGAAAUCGUCGACGCCCUAACUCCCUCCUUCAGCGUCGGCUGUCGACGUCUCACUCCCGGCCCCGGCUACCUCGAAGCCCUGGUCGAAGACAACGUUGAUUUCAUCUCCACGCCCAUAUCCUCCAUCUCCCCCACCAGCAUCAACCUCUCCGACGGCCGCAAUAUCGAAAUCGACGCCCUCGUCUGCGCCACCGGCUUCAACUCCUCCUCGCGGCCCCCCUUCGAAAUCUACGGCAAGAACGGCGUCUCGCUCCAAAAACGCUUCACGCCUUACCCCGAAACAUACCUCACCAUGGGCGUCGACGGCUUCCCGAACUUCUUCAUGAUGCUCGGGCCCAACUCGGCCAUCGGCUCGGGGUCCCUGACCAUGAUGAUCGAGACCGAGGGCGACUACAUCAUCAAAUGCAUCCGCAAGCUCCAAAAAGAAGACUAUACCACCAUCACGCCCAAACUCGCGCGCGUAAAAGACUUUUCCGAGUACUGCGCCGAAUAUUUCAAGAAGACGGUGUACAUGGAUGAGUGCAACUCGUGGUACCGAUCCGAGGGCGGCAAGGGGGACCGCAUCACGGGGCUGUGGCCGGGGAGUACGUUGCAUUGUCUGGAGACGUUGAGGGCGCCGCGGUGGGAGGACUACGAGUUUGAGAGUCGCGAGGAGAAUCGGUUGAGGUGGUUGGGGAAUGGGUGGAGUGUUACGCAGGUGGAGGGGGGCGGGGAUCCGGCGUGGUAUUUGGAGCCCGGGAUGGUGGAUGUGCCGAGGGAGGGGAGGCCCGAGGAUGAUGAGGUGGGGAGGUUGAGGCCUUGGUCUUAUUGA